AUGGCGUCCGGAGCAGCUCGGUGGUUCGCAUUGGUACGCGUCGGAUCUGGGGCUUCCCGGAGCGGGCUGAUCCUGAGGAAAGGUGGUGAUGUUUCUGCCGGACGGAGCUGCUCAGGUCGGAGUCUGGUACCGUCGAGGUCAGUCAUCGUUACUCGCAGCGGCGCCAUUUUGCCCAAACCGGUGAAAAUGUCCUUUGGCCUUCUCCGCGUGUUCUCCAUUGUGAUCCCCUUUCUCUAUGUCGGGACACUCAUUAGCAAGAACUUUGCUGCUCUACUUGAGGAACAUGACAUUUUUGUUCCAGAGGACGACGAUGAUGAUGACUAA